AAUAAACAGGUUGCCAAAAGAACGAUCCUCUCCACUAGAGAAGGUCGACCCAGCGUCAAUCAGUCCUCGACGGUUGCUCUCCACAUGAGUGACCACAGCGUUGUCUCGGCAGACCAAUCGGUGGCAGAGUCGACCUCUCGAUUGCCUGCCGAGAUACUGCACCUCAUUCUGGAUGCCUACAACUCGUCGCGGCUCAAGGAACUCGAAUACGAUCGUCGACAAGCGAGCAAAGAGAGAAUCCCCGUAUGGCCCGUGCUACCCAUCCUUUUGAGCUGCAAGCUCUUAUCGGGGAUGUUCUUACCCAAGCUCUACAGUCAUACCGUCAUCCUGUGCCACGGUACCCUCUUCUCCUUCCUGAACGACCCGGCCUACGAAUCCUAUGAGCACUUGCGAUGCCUAGAGGUCCGUAAUACCCACCCAUCUGGCCCAUUGCACAGGAGAGGCACUCCCGGACAUGUGAUGGACUUUUGGAUGUUCCAAAUUCUAUCGGAGGAUGAGGGAAGGGAGGAAUACAAGAAACGCUUUCACAGACCAGAUUGGUCGAACGGUCAUCUGCCCCGAGUCGACCUGGUGAAACUGGAUGCCGAGGAUAGACGUUAUAUCAAGCUUGUCCUCGCUCUCUUCGACGUUCGCCAUCUCACGUACAUGGGUUUCGCUACUACCGAGGACGAAUCAGUCGCGAUGCCUUUGGACUUGUGCGAGACGACGACACUCGUCUGCCCUCCGGACUCGUGGUUCUACUUGACCAAGCGCUGGGAGACGACGCCAAUGAUACACGACCCUGCUGAACUCGAUCGCCCCUUUUGGACGUUGAACAGGCCCUUUAUCCCUUAUCAUGAGCGUAGAUAUAACGUAACCAUACUACUCGGUCUCAAGGGAGUUCCGCUGUUCGAAAGCAGCACGCUCCCGGACCACGAGCGAGGCCGGGCAGCUUUCUGCUUGUCUUACAUAAUCCGACAAUUCUGCCGGUCCACAGGAAUAGGAACACCUUUCGACUUUACCGUGGGACCGUUCCUCGGUCGGGCCGAGAGCGUGCCAAAGGAUCAUACAUGGUGCUUUGGAAGUCGAGUCCCCGAUGACAUCGAGGAAGGGGGAUAUACCGUGCGGUUCAGAAGCGAAUGUGACUGUGGCAAUGGAGACGUCACACACUUCUGGGAUGGCGCUUCGGAAGACUUGCUCUACGAGAUUGAGCGACGUGACCAAGAAUCAGAUUAUGGCGACGGAGACUGGGUUUACGGGGCUUUGGGACUAUGAGUAGCCGAAGAUAUGUGGCGUCACGCUGCAACGGGGAAUCGCACCGUUUGCCAUUUUGUUACGGUUGGCCCAUGGGCUUUGGCGGAGCUGCG